CAACCUGCGCCUGCAAUAAGACUUCUACCUUUUCACUGCUGACUCACCACCCCCCCUUCUCCACCCUUCACUGGUACAUCCCAGCCCUCCUCCUCCCUCCUCCCAUUGCCCUCCAUCCUUCCUCUCCUUCUCCUUGACGUGAUACUGAAUCCAGCAGCAUCCCUCCUUCAUUCUUCCCUCUGCUCUGGAGCAAAGGCAGCCGAGAGAACCACAGGACCCCGCAGAGGGAGAGAGAGAAAGAGAGACCACAGACAGCAGGAGCAUCUCUAACAGAGAGAGCAGCAGCAGUGUGGUCAGGAAGAUCUCAACACAGCCAUGGAUUCCAGAGCGAAGCCUAGCAACACCAAGACAGACUCCAAACCCGCCGCCAAGGGGCCAGAGAAAACAGCGACGCCAAGCGCAGCGAAGAAGGAGGAAGCCAGGCCAGCGGAACCAGCCCCCCUCCCCAGGAAACAGCCCUCCCAGCCCCCCGCAGAGCCCAAGCCUGCCCCUGCCCCCACCGCCGCGGCUCCGGAGAGCUCAGACAAGCCGGAGGAACCCGACCACGCCGGAGGGGAGGGGGAGCCAGCAGGGGGCAGCGAUACCUUCGAGACCCUCAAACCCGUCCUCCUGGUGGGGGCCGUCAUGGCUGCUGUCGCCGCCGUCAUUGUGGGAGCCGUGCUGCUGGCACGCAAGAAGUGAAGAGGGACAGACGGCUACUCUCUCUGUAAAUAUAUAGAAUACCGUGACGAGAGUAUUAAUGAUAAUAAUAGAGUAAUAUAGAGCAAUGCAUUCGAUAAAUUAAACACACACACACACGCAUGCAUGGACGCAGAUUGGUGUUGUUGGUCAAAGUCAUUUCUGAAAUAAUGUUGUGCAGCAGACAGGUCCUGCGCUCACUGAUUCGAUCCUCUAGAUAUGUAAAUCGGCUUCUGAAAAUCCAUCGAGGAACCCCCUGGCCUCUAUUUCGAGUCGGACUCAACUGUGUAUACCGUCACGACACAUGCCACACAGACAGACAGAUAGAGAGACAGGCAGAGAGACAGACAGACAGACAGACAGAGAGACAGGCAGACAGACAGACAAAGAGACAGAUAGAGAGGCAGGCAGACAGAGAGACAGACAGACAGACAGACAGAGAGACAGACAGACAGACAGAGAGACAGGCAGACAGACAGACAGAGAGACAGACAGACAGGCAGAGAGACAAACAGACAGACAGACAGAGAGACAGGCAGACAGGCAGACAGACAGAUAGAGAGACAGACAGACAGACAGACAAAGAGACAGAUAGAGAGGCAGGCAGACAGAGAGACAGGCAGACAGACAGACAGACAGAGAGACAGGCAGACAGGCAGACAGACAGACAGGCAGACAGAUAGAGAGACAGACAGGCAGGCAGGCCAAAAAGACACAGCAAUGGCGUCUUCAAAUUUCAGUGUUAAAAACCCCGAGUUACUAAACAGAUGCAAUAGAAAGAGUAACAAUGUGCUGAGGAAUGCACUGGUCUGGGGGUUGACUCGGCCCUCCUGUCUCCUCCCUCUGCGCAUUAAGGAAUUCGAUUCAGGAUUAAAGUUAGUCAGGCUUAGGGUUCGGGUUGAGCUCCAGGUAGGGACUGCGCUGUGUGCUGAACUAUAGAGUCCGGGAGCCAACAUGACAGACACAGAGACACAGUCGCAUUAUCUUCACUGCUCUGAAAGCUUUGGGAUUGGAGGGAACUGACCCCCUGACAUACCAAGAUUCUGGGGCUCACAACACCCCUAAAUUCUUACCCCUGACCUAUAACCACAGACCAGAGGCCACUGUGUCAUGAGGAUGAAUCAAAUCGAGUUUGAAUUAUCAGUGAUGAUUGGAUCCCCUGAACAUGUGUGUCCAGGGUGGUCCCGCCCCUUUUUCAAAACCGCUGUCCAAUCACGCACACCCUGUUCAUUCCGGCACUUUGCAUGGUUUUGCCCCACCCCUCAAUCUCCUUUUCAUUCCUAAUAAUAAUAAUAAUAAUAAUAAUAAUAAUAAUAAUAAAAAAAUAAUAAUAAUAAUAGUAAAUGGUCACACAAAAUAAAAAGAAGCGUAUACAUGCAAUAAAGCGAGUAGGAAACAACCUUAGAUGCUAAAUAUUAGUGAUAUUAUAUCUUAUAGCUGUGUAGCUCACACCAUGCCCGUGAAUUUGUAUUUAAAUGAAUGAAUGAAUGAAUCUGCACACGCUAGCUGCCUCUCCUUGACUCGCUUGAUCGCUGUGUUAGUUCCCAUAGUGUUAGUGUAACUAUCUUCCAGACUGCAUUGAGUUUCCAGGGAGCUAGCGGUCUAUAAUCAGGCAUGACUUCAAUACACCUCGAUACGCUCCGUCAGGAAUGAGCUGCAUCUCGGAUUAGAGACUAAAACUAGAAGAAACCAAGCUGGGGAUACAAGCGCUUCAGCUAGUGAGGGGCUUCCCACCCCACCCCCGCUCCUGGGGACCCCCUGAGGCUGCUGGUUUGCUCUUGAUUACUCAGCUAGACCCUUCAUUGAACUGAUGCUUAAUUAGAGCUAGUUUACAAGUUAGCUAUAACAUGUUAUUUAAGUAACUUGUACUCUGCAACUUUAGGAGCUGAGAACAAUUAAAAAUAUCUAAUUAAGCAGUUAAGUAAUUGAGAGUGCAGUUGGAAUGAAAACCAGCAGACACGUGUGAAAUAAAACCAGCCCCUAGAUGGCCAGGCCCCACUUUCUCAGGGGAAUCUGAACUCUUGAGCACCGCGUGCUCGUUUAUAAUAUUAAUCCUCAGUAUUUGUGCACCAGUAAUAAGCUCAGCUCUGCACACUAAGGUUCUGUGAAUACCGUGCAUCUUUACAGGCGCUUGCUACCCUGAAGCGAUCAGUCUUGGCACAGUGCUAUACAGCCUAUACAGUUAGAAGUGUUGCAGCUGUCUAUCGAGUAUGUAUCUAUAAGCCAGGGUCUGCUUAUCCUGUGUGGAUAACGACUGCGUAACUAAGCAGCCAGGAGCGAUGCCUGCACGCACCGCCUUCUCACAGAGCUUUAGCGCAGGAGCUGGUUAAACAAUGGGAGGGGGGGUCCGUUUACACGUAGUUUUCUAGACUGCUGUUAAAGAAACGGGACAACCCGCUGCGUGGAUCAGACGAUCCCACGUGAUGCAUGAAAGCACCGUUUUUCCCACCAGAUUCGCUUUUCUCGUUGCAGUGAUGCUGUGCGGGAGCGCCUGGUCCUCUGCUCCUGUAUUUGCGACAAGGAGCAGGGAGCAGCAACGCCGGCCUAACCCCACAACUCCCUCAUCCCCCGUCAUUUCUCCAUGUCUAUAGUAUGCAUUUACCAUAGUUUGCCUUGCUUUUUAAUAUGCCUUACUGUACCUCUCUGUGCUUUACAAUGCUUACCUAAGCUUUAUUACAUUGUUAUGCGUUUACAAUGGGGAACCUUAAUAUUAGCGAGAUACAGUCCUCUCUACACACUGCAUGUAGGACAUGCUGGUGUCUGUCUGUCUGCGUGUGUGUGUGUGUGCGUGUGUGUGUCUCUGUCUCAGUGUGUGUGUCUGUCUCAGUGUGUGUGUGUGUGUGUGUCAGUGUGGUGUGUGUGUCUGUCUCAGUGUGUGUGGUGUGUGUGUGUCAGUGUGUGUGUGUGUGUGGUGUGUGUCUCUGUCUCAGUGUCUGUGUGUCUGUGUGUGUGUGUCUCUGUCUCAGUGUGUGUGUGUCUCAGUGUGUGUGUGUGUGGUGUGUGUCUCUGUCUCAGUGUCUGUGUGUCUGUGUGUGUGUGUCUCUGUCUCAGUGUGUGUGUGUCUCAGUGUGUGUGUGUGUGGUGUGUGUCUCUGUCUCAGUGUCUGUGUGUCUGUGUGUGUGUGUCUCUGUCUCAGUGUGUCUGUGUGUCAGUGUGUGUGUGUUCCUUAAUUUACUCUGCACAUUCACACGUAUUGUUUACUGUCCCUUAAGUGAGUUGUCACUGAGGCGUGUGAAUAAAAAUACAUAUGUAUUCCCAGA